AUGAUCAUCAGCAUCAACAUUAUCAUCCUUGUCGUCAUCACGUGGCAAUUUACUAACCAUAGUCUACCCAGUCGUGUUGUUUUACAAAAUUUCUCUCUCUUCUCUCUCUCGCACUCCCACCAAACCAAAAUCUUGUCAAUCUCUUCCGAGAGAUGGUGGCUGCUGUUUCGGCUAACGCCGGCGCGGGGCGUGGUGGUGCCUCUGCCACCACCCCCAACAACCAUCAAUCUGGUUCGGGUGGAAUGGGCCGAGGAGGCCAAGGACGAGGCCAAGGUCGAGGCCGGGGAGAAGGAGUACAGACUGGCCGAGGAAGAGGCCAAGGACAAGGACAAGGACAAGGACAAGGACAAGGAGGAGGUCGAGGAAGAGGUCAAGGAAGAGUCCGAGGCGGUCGUGCUUGUGCCCGCUGCUACCGUUGUUCAUCAGCCAUCAGGGCUGGUCGACCCUCUCCCCGAAAGACGGCAUAUUGGCGCCGCGAAAGCGCGCCGUUCUCACCACAUCCAGUAA